AUGAAGGCAGCAGGACAGUCAUCAACCAUGGCAGUCGUUUGGGUGGCUCCUCUUCAUUUUUUUGUGAUUCUUGACAGAAUCGAUAUACCUAAGUGGUUGUUUGGGCUUUGGUGUUUGACAGGGUUGUUGCAUAGAAAGUACAGUGGGAAUUUCUUGGUUAAUAUGUUGGGAAAAUGGAAGGAAAUUGGUGGUCUUGCUUAUUAUGUUACUGCACCUUCUCAAGGUAAUGACUGA